CAUGGCAGACGAUGAUAUGGAGUAUUACAUAAAAUUUCCUUCGCCAAGCGCGAAAGAUUCCACACCUACUAGCGAAACUGAAGAAUUUGUGUUUGUUUACGAUGAAGACAAGUUGCCCGUGGUUAUGUUGUUAGGAUGGGCAGGUUGUCAAGACAAAUAUCUUUCUAAAUACAGUGCUAUCUACGAAGAAAGAGGAUGCAUCACUGUCCGCUACACAGCACCUGUUGAUUGCUUAUUUUGGAGGAGAGGACAUAUGCACCAGCUGGGACGUCGACUUGUAGAACUUAUCACUGAUAUGAGCUUGGAGGAACAUCCAAUAUUUUUUCAUGUUUUCUCUAAUGGGGGAGCAUUCCUAUACCAGCAUGUCAGCCAGGCAAUACAGAUGUGCAGCAAACCAUUGAAGGUUAAAGGUGUUAUAUUUGACAGUGCCCCAGGCAAGAGACGAAUCAUGUCUCUCUUUCGAGCACUAGCAGCAAUCAUUGGGGGUCCUGCCUACUGUAACAUUCCAGCUGCUAUUCUUAUCACUGUGUUUCUUGCUGUGGUAUGGUUAUUUGAAGUGAUAGCACAAUCACUUAAGGAAGGGAGACCACUCCGGACAGAUCCAAUAGAUCUGGUUGAAGAACCCUUCACUUGGCCUCAGCUGUUUCUUUACUCAACUGCAGAUAAAUUGAUUCGGUAUCAGGAUAUUGAAAAGUUUGCAGAGUGUAGGCGUCAGAGAGGUGUCAGUGUAUCAGCAGUUAAGUUUGAUGAUUCACCUCAUGUCAAACAUUAUUUUGUGCAUCGAGAAAUUUACAUAAAUACAGUAUGCAGCUUCCUUCAUUCAUGUCUGUCAGAAUUGGGUGUCAGUUCAAUAAGAAUGUUUGGUGAGUCCACAAGUGGAACAAACUCAUUUGCAACACCUUCGGCAUCCCCAAAACAUGAAGUACCAGAAUCAUUGCAGCCAGUGAAAUCUGAUUAAGGGACUUACAUAGUAUAAAUAACUAAUUUAUUUUUAAGUCUUGGACAGGUUUAUGCAUUAUAAAGUAAAUGUUUUUUUAAAUGGUUCAGACAGUUCCAUUAGAGACUUUAAAUUUUGCUUUGUUUUAUGGCCCUUAUCUCGUAAAAUGUUCAUUUUAUAAGUGUUUGUGUUCAGGUACAUUUAAUUUAAGUUUUUGGAGAUGGUUCAGGUAUUUAUAUGUGGUUGUAACCCUAAAAUUUUACUGAGUAUUGGAGAAAAGAAUGCAUGUGACUGUAAGUUACAGGUUUUAAAUUUUGAGAAAGUCCUUCUUUCUAAUGAUGUAGAUUUUGCAUGGAAGGCCCGGUAGUAGCUUUACUGUUUAAAAUACAUACAUAUACUGUGUCUUUUAAAGUUUCUUUUCUAGGGAUGAUAUUCAGACUUGAUAUGUGUUAAAAUUAGUCAUUCCAGCACAGUAUGUUGUUAUCACAGGGAAAGCUGGGGUCGGGUCAUAGACUGGGAAUGAGCAUCAGUCAUUUGCAGUUUGGUUAUGUAUAACCUGUGACCACUUGUCUGUGUGCGAUAAACAUGUUGUAACAGUUUAGUCGAUCUAUAUCUGCUUAUAUGAAAUAUUGAGAAGUGAUUUCUGACAUUUUGCUAGAGGAAAUAUGUAUGUUUAAAAUACUUUUAUAUGUCCUGUGAUAUAGGCACAAGAUGUUUGCCAUGGUUUAACUUUAUGCAAGUUACAAUUUAUUCUAAGUAUGAAAACUGAAACAUGGCAUGUGAUUUAUUAGAAUGCAUGCACUAUAUUACUUUUAACCAAAGUACUACAACCGUCUCACUUGGUUGGUGUAGUUGGUUAUUCCAAUAGAAGUAACCCAGAGAGACACUCCAAAUAUGUUAAGUUUACUAGCAAACGAUCACAGGGUAUUUAUAUCUUGGAAAUCAAUGAGGUCCUAAGAAUGAGAAUGUUUAGCAUAUAGAAAUUUUGUGCGCAAGGUCAGAUAUAAUCAGGUGGACUAAACAACAAAACAAAACAAACUCUGUGAUUUUAGUCCGCAAGCGAACUAUAACAACCUCGUGAUGAUAAUUG